GCGAAAAGCUUCCUCCUGCAUCCGUGCAGCCAACAGACUGUCCUGCAGGCGGCUAUCGUUGUUAGGCACGCAGGGGGAGCAAGAAGAAGUCACCAUGGCCGACGCAGAGCUCUUGGAACAUUGUGGAUCGGAGUCACAAAGCUCGGAGGUGCCAGAGAAGCCGCCAUUGCCGGAGCUGUCAGUAUCCAUAGCCACUGGCAGAGUUGGCGAUGGCGGCGAAGCGGACGAAGCUCUGCUGAUACCGACGAAGCUGGCGAUGGAGGUGAAGCUGGUGAAGCUGACAAGGCUCUGGCGAAGCUGGCGAAGCUGGCGGAACAUCGCCAGCGAUACCGUGGCGAUGCUGGCGAAGCUGGCAAGGCUGGCCAAGCUGGCGAUGCUGGCGAUGUUGGCGAAGCUGGCGAUGUUGGCGAAGCUGGCGAUGUUGGCGAAGCUGGCGAUCCUGGUAAUGCUAGCGAUACUGGCGGUACUGGGGAUUCUGGCGAUAUUGUGGCGAUUCUGGCGAUACUGUGGCGAUACUGUGGAGAUACUGUGGAGAUACUGUGGCGAUGCUGGCGAAGCUGGCGAUACUGUGGCGAUUCUGGCGAUACUGUGGAGAUACUGUGGCGAUUCUGGUGAUACUGUGGAGAUACUGUGGCGAUUCUGGCGAUACUGUGGAGAUACUGUGGCGAUUCUGGCGAUACUGUGGCAAUACUGUGGAUACUGUGGCGAUGCUGGCGAAGCUGGCGAUGUUGGCGAUGUUGGCGAAGCUGGCUAUGCUGGCAAAAUCCUGGCAAUGCUAACGAUGCUGGGCGUGCUGGGGAUACUGGCGAUUUGCUGGCAAUGCUGGCGACGCUGGCGAUACUGUGGCGAUGCUGUGGCGAUACUGGGGAUGCUGUGGCGAUGCUGGCGAGUCGCCCCACCGACCCUACCAGGGCAGUUUCGAGAACGACUCGGCGUAGCGAAGAUAGCCAAGAGUUGCCGUUAACUCAUCAAUUGAUUGGUGGGUUGAUGGGUUGGGUUAACCCAUUGAUGGGUAACGGAGAGGCACUGGGAGAGAAUAAAAACCCUGUGGCCAU